ACCCCCUCCGGCAGUGGGCUGAAUUUACCAUCUACUCUGUGUGUCAAACACUUACCCCUCAGAUCCCCCUUUCAGUCUCCCAUCUCUCACUCGAUACCUGUGCCCUCUUGUUUGCGAUGCCCCUGCUGGAUGCGUUUGUGAAGAUCCACAUGAGCCACGCCAGCCCGAGCCAGAGCGAGCUUGAAGCCUCCUGCGUCGAAGAAGGUGUGGUGACCCGCACUGCCCUGGGGAAAGGUGAUGCCGCCCGUGACGCCGGCCCCUUCUGGCCACCGGCGGCCAUCGGCAAAGCACGGAGGCUCGCCGGCCGCACCCCGCCGUGGAAGAGGAGUCGCCCCGAGGAACCAAAGCCCAAGGGAAGAAGGUCCCGUUCGGACAGAAGUGCCAGGCACGGAGCCGGUGGCAGCUCUCCCGUUCUUCCGAAGGUGGGCUCUGAUGGCGCUGGGCAGGCAGGCGAGUGGGUACCACUGGCGAGGCUGCCCUUGCCAUUGGAAGAAGCCAGCCGCGAUACGCUGAGGCGGCAGAGACACCAGAUCUUCAUCGGCGACCAGCGAGCUCGCUGGAACUCACUGAGGGCUCGUCUCGACGUGAGAAGCGACGAGGAAAUGGCCAAGAUUCUGCUGGAUGUGUUUAUAGAAAAUCAGAUGAAUCAGCCAGGGCCGAGCUGUACUUUUCUGCAGGCUGGUGGUCCCGACGAGAGGGCAGCUUUCACUUGCGAUGCAGUCACAGAACAAGACGAUUUGGACAGCUUCCCCUCACUGUCGCUGUCGGCAGGCUCCGAGUCGACUGUGACCCUGUCACACCCCAGCAGCAUCGACAGUUUUGAGGAGGACGCCGAUGCCGACCUCUGCAGUGGCACCGACUCUCCCUCUGGGAGCAGCACCAGGUUUCCUCCUGCAGCACGCAGACGACCCAGGCCCCUGCUCAUCAAUCACGAGACGCGGCCUGAGAAAGAGGAGGGAGAAUGGGAGCUGAGCAGUGAGAACCACAGGUUCAAGCACUGUGGUUGGAGCAGCAGAGAAUCUGAUCUAAGGAAUAAAGGGAUGGAUUCGACAGACUCAUGGAAGCCACCUCCCAAGGGGCUUGAGAGGCAACACUCUUCCGAUAGGGAAAUUAUUACUGUCUGCAUCGGGGAAGGUGGUGUCCCAACCUGUCCCGCAAUCAAGAAAGAACAAGAGGAGUCGUGCAGUCUCCCUUCGCCGCCGGCGUCCGCCUUCUCCGGGACCACGGUGACCCUAUCACAUCCGAGCAGGUGCGAGGACGAGCAGGAAGCGUUAAACGCCCGCCCAGGAUGGGCGCGAACUGACCGAUGGAUAAAUCUUGUGAGUGACAUCAGCCUUGAAGAGGAGUGCCUGGCCAACACAACUGUGGCGUCGGAGAGCGAGACUGAGGGGAUGGAGACCGUAACCAACAGGAGGAAGAGGCCUGCCCUCCCAGACGAAGACUCCAAGGACAGCAACGUCCGAUGGGGUCGUCCCGGGCUUAUUGAUGUCGGGGCAGAGAUUGACCGCUGGAACUUCGUGAAGGCCUGUUUGAAACUAAAGACCGAUGAAGAGAUGGCUGGGGCUUUACUGGACUUAUACAUGAAGACACACACAAGUCCACCCUGUCCGCUGACUCCGCUCCCUGUGUUUGUGAAGAAGGUGUGAGAGACUUCCCCCUACAGUAAGGUUGAGCAGCACGGUGUUUGCGCCCACGGAUGGUUGGCAGAGCCGGCGGCAGUGAGCCGGGAGCUGUCUGCUCAGCCGCCCAGGAUCAGAGUUGGGAGCUGGCACCUUGCACCCAGGCAGGUCCUGGAUGAGAAAGCCUGAGACCACCAUUGACCAGCGCACGUCCCUCACCUUCCUCCGGUGCCUCAGGGCAGAUGUGCUGCAGCAACUUUGAUUGCGGUGUGAUGCCAGGCAGUUGGAUUAUUUAUUUUUAUACAGAUAUAUGAACAUGUGGUCUGUAUUUUUGUGGAGAAUUUCUACAGCGGGAAAACAAAAUGUUGGCUUUUUACGAACUGUUGGUUGUUUCUUUGGUUUUGAUCCGUAUCGGUAAUUGGUUUAUUGUCACAUGUAUCGAGGUACAGUGAAAAACUUUGUUUUGCGUGCCAUCCAGACAGAUCAUUGCAAAACAUCAGUACAUUGAGGUAGUACAAAGGGAAAAGCAAUAACAGAAUGCAGAAUAAAGUGUUACAGUCACAGAGAAAAUGCAGUGCAGGCAGACAAUAAGGUGCAAGAUCAUGGCAAGGUGGAUUUUGAGAUCAAGAGUCCAUCUUUAUCCUAGAAGAACUCCAUUCAAGAGUCUUGUAACAGCAGGAUAGAAACUGACCUUGAGCUUGGUGGUACGUGUUCUUAAGCUUUUGUAUCUUCUGCCCGAUGGGAGGGGGAAGAAUAGAGAGACCAGAGUGGAGGGGUCUUUGGUUAUGCUGGCUGUUUUCCUGAGGCAGCGAGAAGUGUAGACGGAGUCCAUGGAGGGGAGGCUGGUUUCCGUGAUGUGUUGGGCUGUGUCUACAACUCUGCGGUUUCCUGCAGUCUCAGGCAGAGCAGUUGCUGUACCAAGCUGUGGUGCAUCCAGAUAGGAUGCUUUCUAUAAAAAUUCUUGAGGGUCAAAGGAGACAUGCUGAAAACACGAUCGGAAUCAUCGACAAUUCCUUUCCCCUAAGAUGCUGCUCGACCUGCUGAGUUCCUCCAGCAGAUUGUUUGUUGCUCCAGAUUCCAGCAUCUGCAGUCCCUUGUCUCUCUACAUCACCUUAUAACACCCCUAAUCCUCUUCACUCCCUUUUCCACCUGUCUUUAUGUCAUCAGAAAAUUUAACAACCACACCUCGUGUGCCUUUGUCCAAGUCACUUGUAAGAACUUGAUGCCCAACACCAUCCUGUGGCACUGAACUGUUCCAGCUUGUCAAAUAGAAGAAGACCCAUCUGCCUAUUCUGUUUCCUGGUAAAUGGUAAAUUGGUUUAUUAUUGUCACAUGUACUGAGGUACGGUGAAAAACUUUGUUUUGCAUGCCAUCCAGACAGAUCAUUUCAUCACAUCAGCGCAUUGAGGUAGUACAAGGGAAAACAAUAACAGAAUGCAGAAUAAAGUGUUACAGAGAAAGUGCAGUGCAGGCAGGCAGUAAGGUGCAAGGGCCAUAACAAGGUAGAUUGUGAGGUCAAGAGACCAUCUUAUAGUUUUAUCACUGCGGGAUAGAAGCUGUCCUUGAUCCUGGUGGUACAUGCUUUCAGACUUUUGUAUCUAUGGGAAGGGGUAGAAAGAGAAUAUCCAGGUUGGGUGGGUCUUUGGUUAUGUCAGCUGCUUUCCUGAGGCAGCGGGAAGUGGAGUCCAUGGAGGGGAGGCUGGUUUCCGUGAUGUGCUGAGCUGAGCUGUGUCCACAGCUCUCCGCAGUUUCCUGCAGUCUCGGGCAGGGCAGUGUAGCCAGACAGAUUUCCAUCUGUGCCAAUCCUAUCCCAUGAACUUUUAGUUUCUAUAAUAAACUUUGCUGUAGCACCUUUUCAUCUGCAAGAAGCCAUCAUACAUCCAUGUUAUGCACAGCAUGUGUUACUACUUCAAAGUACUCCACUAAAUUGGUCAACCAUGAUUUUCCUCUCGUGAAACCAUGUCGAUGUUGACCGAUUACCUCAAUUUCUUUUUAAGUGCCCUACUCUAAUGUCUCAAAUGUUAGCUUCUAACAUUUUCCCUGCGAUGGAUGUUAAGCUAACUGCCUGUGGGUUCUUUUGAAUAAAGGGGUUACGUUUGCUGUUUUCUAAUUUAAUUGAAUCUUCCCUGAAUCCAUGCAGUUUUUGAAAAUUAAAACCUUGAAGCAGCUAGCACAG